AUGUGGAUCAGUGUGGGUUCUGAGUUCCCAACCUGCCCGCCUCCCUGGUUCCCCUACGUUCCCGUCCUCCGUUCCCAGAAAUACCAUCAGCGGUUGAUAUUGGAUCUGAACGACAGCUGCAAUCCGACGGCCCACGAUGGCGGAUCCAGGCUUUCAGUUGAUCGCUUGUCACAGUUUAUGUUUAUCUUUUCCUUUUUUUGUUUUUGGGUUGGCCAUGGUCUGUGUUUAAUGCCUCGGAGACUCCGCCUCGUUUCCAGCACGAGAGGGGGAAUCUGUUUAUUAUUGCUAAACCUGAAGUCGUUGUUGGUAGUCGUAAUCGUCGCAGUGCGCGUAGUCUUCAGUGGGUUUUCGGCAGUUGUCAGUGUUGUAACCGGAAAUGCGAGUCGCUGCAUCGAUGAUUCCGAGGUUCACGUGCAAGGUUUAGAGCUGAGCCUGUCGCGACGUGUUGUUUUGAUUAUUGGGUUGGGAUCGGUUUGCAGCAGCAGGUUAGGUUUGUGCUGUGUCGCAAUGGAGGCGCUAGAGCGAGGUCUGGGCCUAGUGGGGCGGAGUGCUUCCACUCCUGGCUUCUCUGUGGAGGAUUCGUCCAGAGUUCGAGUGACGCUGAGAAAGGGGUUGGUUAAGGUUGUCAGUGCAGCCCGACCUCUACGGUCGAUGGAGGGGGUAGAAUUCGUGGGGCGGCGGCGCAUUGCGGAGAGUGAGAGAGUGCAGGAAAGGGUAGAUGCUCGAUCUGUUACUGCCCACGCUGCGAUGAUGGGAGGCUUGGGCGACUCCCUGAAGUCGGGAUAUGUGUUGAAGUACCUCGUUGUUGUGGAUGAGCAUACGGAAGUUGACAGCACGGGCGAUGUGAUCGAGAAGUUGAAGAAUGGAUUCAGGAAUUUUAAGGUUACUCAAUACAACCAGAAGCCGGACCUAUAUGCUAGGCUUGCGGAGGGGCAACAGCCCAAGGUUAUGAUGAUCACCUGCGCAGAUUCUCGGGUUUGCCCCACAAUGCUCCACGGUCUGGAGGCUGGUGAGGCUUUUAUAGUCCGCAAUGUUGCUAAUUUGGUUCCCCCGUGCGAAGAAUCGGGUGAGCAUCAUGGGACAAGCGCUGCCAUAGAGUUUGCCGUCACAGUUCUUGGGGUGGAACGCAUUGUAGUGAUGGGGCACAGCAAUUGUGGAGGUAUUAGAGCACUUAUGACACGAGACGCUUUUUCAGGUGACUUCGUUGGAAGCUGGAUUAGAAUUGGACUUCCUGCAAAGAAGAAGGCGCUGUCUGUGAUGAAAGGGAAGCCGUUGCAGGAGCAAUGCAGGUUCUGUGAGCAGGAAGCUGUGAAUGUGUCGCUGGCCAACUUGCUCACCUUUCCUUUCAUUGAGGAACGUGUCAAAUCUGGGAAACUGCGUAUCCAUGGUAUGCACUAUAAUUUUAUUGAUGGUCAAUUGACAAGCUGGGAAAUUGAACCCGAAGAGGCUCCCGUUUACUCUUAGGAUAUCACAAGAUUGUGGAGGUUGCGGCUACUCUUUUUCAAAAGACCGUAGCAGAUUUUGAUUGGAUUAUGACCGCAUUAGUACAUUAGCAGUUUAUGACUAGAUAUUGGUUAAUAAUAUCAAAUAUUGGAGCCUGGAUUAUAUGCAGACACAGUCAUGACUCUUCGCCAUUUAUCUGUACCUGAAGAUUUUCACGGUUACCAUAAGCGAUUGCAACACCUUUCAUUGAUUGACCUUCUAAUUCUUUUCAGAAGGGCUUUAUGCUAUAGAAUCAAGUGUGGAUUUCGCAUCA